CACGAACCGGAGGAGCCGGGCUCGGGCCCGUUGCCGAUCUUACAUAUAGCUGAACGCGAACCCACCGGCGAACGCGGAAUCCCCCCCUUCCCAUUCGAUCGCCGCCUCCCUCCAUGGCGGCCGUGCAGCGCCGCCAACCCCUCCCGCCCGCCUCGCAUCAGCUGCGCCGCGGCGACCCUGCGUGUUCCGGCACCGCGCCGCCGCCGGUCUGCCGCUACUGGAAGUCCGGCCACUGCGGCCGGAACCCCUGCCGGUUCCUCCACGCCGAUCCGGCGCCGCCGCCGCCGGUCGUCGUCGCCAAGAAGCGCAGCAACACCUGGGUCAACACUUCCUCCAAAAUCGCCAAGCCCAGCGCCGCAACCGAUGAAGGAGAGGCCGCGGUUCCUCCGGUGCCGCCCCCGACGAAGGCCAAACCCAGCCCCGCAACCAAUGCCCGCGGGGCCGCGGUCCCUCCGGCGCCUUCCGAGCGCGUCCAGGAACCACCCGGCGGCGACGCGUGGUGCGUCGGCGACGGCAUCCGCGGCGUCGCGCGGCUGGAGGGUCACUCCAAGGCGGUCACCGGCGUCGCCGUGCCGGAAGGGUCCGCCAAGCUCUUCUCCGGCAGCCUGGACGGCACGGUGCGCGCCUGGGACUGCGGCACCGGGCAGUGCGUCCGCGUCGCGCCGGUGCAGGAAGGGGAGGUGGGCCGCCUGAUCGCCAUGGGCCCGUGGGUGCUCGUCGGCGUCCGCGGCGCCGUCAGGGCGCUCCAAGCGGGGAGCGGCGAGGAGCUGCGGCUGCGGCUGCCCUUUGCCGCCGCGCAAGUCACUGCCCUACUUGCAGAGGACGACGAGCGCCUCUUCGCCGGCGUGGAGGACGGCGCCAUCUACAUGUGGAGGCUGGACCGAGGGCGCCAGCGCUUCGACGAGGUCGCCGCGCUCGCGGGCCACGACGGGCACGCCGUCGCGUCGCUGGCCCAGGGGAAGGGCGCGCUCUACUCCGGCGCGGCGGACGGCGGCAUCAGGGUCUGGGACCUCGAGACUCGCCGGUGCGUCUGCAGCUUCGCCGGCCACGCGUCCAUGGUCACCGCGCUGCUGUGCUGGGACCGUUUCCUGCUCUCCUCGUCCGUCGACGGCACCGUCAAGGCCUGGAGGUCCAACCCGAACCGCGGCGACGUCGACCCCGAGCUGGAGGUGCACUACACCCACAGAGAAGAAGGCGAACGGGUGGUCACCAUGGACGGGACGCACGACGCCGACAAGAAGCCCGUCCUGCUGGUCUCGCGCGGCGACGGCGUCGUCCGUGUGUACGACCUCCCGUCGUUCAAGCCCAGAGGGCAGAUUCACUGCAACGGCGAGGUCACGGCAACGUCGCUCAGGACCCCCGGCGUGAUCUUCACCGGAGACGCGUCCGGCGAGGUCAGAGUGGCCAAGUGGACGCCGGCAGCUGCAUCCUGAAUUAUUCAUUAUUAGGCGCACCGGCCUCUGCAAAUCAAUCUCGUCGACCACUGGCAGCUUCGAUUGUAGGCCAGUGUGUUCGUACUUCAGAGCAACCAGUAGGAUACUUACCAGUGCAAUGUAAAGAUACCAGUGGCAAUGCUUAGUAUUAUACAGUAUGGAUCAGAGAUAUUCAGAAUC